CACGGCAGACCACGCCUCCAUCCCCGCUGUGUGCACCUGUUUGGAUCCUUCUCCAGACCUCUCCUCCAGCCUUGUUGUCUUGUUACACCCACAUCAUUGGGUUAAAGAAAUCGUAGUUUAUUGAUCAAGUGGACCCGAAAAGUGCUAGACAAUACAAAAAGACUGAUGUGUAGGGAAAUAAAUGCCCGGCCUGGUGGCCGUGCAAUCUAGCAAUGGUGGGAAAAGGGUGGAGAGAGGCAGCAGCAGCAGCAACAGCAGCAGCAGGAGGAGGAGGAGGAGGAGGAGGGGUACUGGGUGCUGUGGUCUGGCUCGCAUCACACAUGCUGGUAACAAAGAACACGUAACGACGGAUGAUCCCGGUCAUGGGUUCACAGCAGACAUCGCGUCGGCCAGGGAGACAACACGGAAUACCGAAAGCAAGCGUGCGUGGAUUAAUCGCGUUUAGGACGAUACGAUAGCGCUGGCUCUGGGUUUUCCCUAAAGUGCAGACGGGGCGAUUCUACUUUUCGCUUUCCGUGGAACGGAAGAAGUUAACGUGGUAGCGGGGCCGGUGAUCGAAGGAGGAGUUGAAGCGAAAAACACAAUGUUGUGAAUGAUUCCGAACGCGUUUGGUGAGCUACUAUGGUGGGAUAAAUAAAAGAGGACAUCAAUGACCCAUUGGAUCUCGACGAGGAUGGCACGCCCCCACUGACUCCCUCUGCCCGCCCCCCUGGACCCCAGUCCUGGCCUAUGAUUGGCCCAUCUGAUCGGAAUCGCCAUGUCGUCUUUAUCCAUAUCCGCCCCGUCGUCCGCCAAACCCAAGCCCACCAUCCCGCCCAAACCCUCGUUCGACGGCGGCGACCCACCCCCCCAGGACGAGGCGGUCACCCCUACCCCCGCCGGGAAAGUCAAGAAGAUCGUGGACAGUUUGAGCCAGGGUCAGGCCGUGGUGAACACCGCCCCCCCCGAGCCCAAGGUGGUCAAGAGGGCCCCCACGGUGAAGCCCAAGCCCAAGUCCAAGCUGGGGGCGGCCCGGCUGGAGGAGGCGGGGCAGGCGCCCCCGCUGCCUGAGAAGCAGAGCCGGCGUCUCCAGCAGGCCCACGCGGCGCGUCUGCAGGGUGCGCCCCCUACAGGAGAGGAGGGGAAUGACAUCGGCGUUGAAGGAGGCCGUUCAGCCCCUGAUGGAAAGGAGGUGGAGCUUCAGCUGCUGGGUGGAGGCGGGGCGGAGGCGGAGCCCUGCGGGGAACGCCCCCUGGCCCCCACCUGCGCCCCCCGGUGCGGCUGCGUGUGCCACCUCCGGCGACCCGGCAUGCGGCUGGUGUGGGUGCCCUCCCACGAGGGGGGGGGGGAGAGGGAGGGGGAGGGGGAGGGGGCGGACCAGUCGGACGGGGUGGACGGGGAGGUGGAGGAGGGGGGAGGCGAGGAGGGGGAGGGCCAGAGCGGGGGGGGGGAGGAGGAGGAGGAGGAGGCCGGCGACAGGACGAGGAAGGCGCUGUUCCACCACACCCUGAACGCCGUGAUCAGCGACACCCACCGCCGGCGCUCGGACCCGGGUCUGAACAGCCUCCUGAGGCAGCAGCACCCUCCGCGCUCGCCCCCCGUGCCCUCCAAGCGCACCCACUCCUCCCUGGCCAAGCUCGGACCCCCGCCGGGCGAGGAGGAGGAGGAGGAGGAGGAGGAGAGCAUCUACGAGAUCACGCUGCCGCUCACCACGCCGCCGUCGUCGUCGACGACGCCGCCGACGGCUUCCUGCCGCGAGCUGGACCUCCCCCUGAUCCGCGUGAGGAAGCCCCAGCGACGGACCAAGCUGACCCCCAGCUUCUCCGACCCCAACUCGGAGUUCCAGCCGCAGACUGAGGCCGCCGCCAUCGGCGACGCGGCUCCGCCCGUCCCGGAGCGGGUUCCCAUGACGCCGCGGGCCGCCACCGCCGGGGGCGUGGCCCCCCCCCAUGCGGGGGCGCGGCCCCCCCCCCCCCCCCAUGCGGCCGCCGUCGCCCGGCCGCCCCGCCACCUCGGAGGCCCAGCUGGCGCGGAGCUGUCCACCCCCCCCGGGAGCCCCCCCAUGUUCCAGCGCAGAGCCCCCCUGCUCCCGCCCCCCAGGACGGACCCCCGGAGGCUGAGCAGCGCCUCCACCCACUCCCUCACCUCCACGAAAGAAGAAGAGAACGGGUGUGCUGAAGAAGAUGAAAAUAAGGGGGAGGAAGAGGAGGAGGAAGAGGCGCGUCCGGUCGCUCCACCUAGGAGGGGGUCCUCGUUCAAAUGGUCGAGGCUGCAGGACGAGCCGCUGUACCAGACGUACCGCGCCACCGUCAUCACCAAGGAGAUCAAGCGCCAGACGGUCGGCCGCAACAUCAGCAAGGCCAGCGCCGACUACACCAUGGACUGGUUCUCCCGCCGCCUCGCCAUAGCCCCCGCCGCCGUGACCCCGGGCCCCCCCGCCGUCUCCUCCCCCCUCUCCGCCGCCGCCGCCGCCGCCAGCAACGGGGUCUCCCGGCUCGGCCCCGGGCCCCCCAUGCCGGGGGGCAGCACGCUGUGGCAGGACCUCCCCGCGGUGCGGGACAGCGGCGUGCUGGAGAACAUCAGCCCUGAGGACUGCAAGUACCAAGAGAGCAUGUUCGAGGUGCUGACGUCGGAGGCCUCCUACCUGCGCUCCCUCCGCGUGCUGACCAACCACUUCCAUGAGAGCCGGGACCUGGAGGAGGCCAUGAUCAUCAGGGACAGGAAGACCCUCUUCUCCAACGUCCUGAGGGUCCGGGAGGUCAGCGAGAGGUUCCUGAAGGACCUGGAGGAUCGCAUGGAGCAGAACCUGGUCUUCACGGACAUCUGCGACAUCAUCCACUACCACGCCCAGCACAACUUCCCCGUGUACAUCGACUACGUCCGCAACCAGAUCUACCAGGAGAAGACCUACACCACCCUGAUGAAGAGCAGCGCCCAGUUCGCCGAGGUCAUCUCCCGGCUGCAGGAGUCUCCGCUGUGCCAGCGCCUGCCCUUCAUGUCCUUCCUGCUGCUGCCCUUCCAGCGAAUCACGCGCAUCAAGAUGCUCAUCGAGAACAUCCUCAAGAGGACAAAGGAGCAGACGAAGGAGGAGCAGACGGCCUCCAAGGCACUGGAUUCCGUGUCCAAGAUCAUCGAGGAGUGCAACACAGAGGUCGGGAAGAUGAAGCAAGUGGAGGAGCUCAUUGUUCUCUCUAAAAUGCUGGAGUUUGACAAACUCAAGGCCCUGCCCAUCAUCUCCCAGAACCGGAACCUGGAGAAGAAGGGGGAGCUGGGGGAGAUGUCCAAGGGGGCGACCCUCUUCAACAUGCGGGCCAAGUUCAGCCCGGUCCACCUCUUCCUCUUCAACGACCUCCUCAUCCUCGCCUCCAAGAAAGGCCCGGAGCGCUUCGUGGUGCUGGACUACGCCCACCGCUCCCUGGUGCAGGUGGAGCCGGUGGUGGAGGGGCCCACCGGGCCGGCCCUCUACGAGAACUGCUUCACCCUCACGCUGCUGGAGAACCACCAGGGCCGACUGAUGGAGCGUCUGCUCAAAGCCCCCUCGCAGUCCGACUUGCACCGGUGGGUCGUGGCCUUCCCCAACCCCAGUAACCCGGAGCGAGAUGUGGAGGAGGUCAUCUACGAGGAUUGGGACUGCCCCCAGGUACAGUGUGUGGAGCAGUACGUUGCCGGGCAGACUGAUGAGCUCUCCCUGGAGCCCACUGAGAUAAUCAACGUCUUGCGCAAGACCAACGAAGGCUGGUACGAGGGGAGCCGCCUGUCCGACGGCCAGAAGGGCUGGUUCCCCGUGAGCAGCGUGGUGGAGAUCACCAACGAGCACGUGAGGCGCCGCAACCUCCGCGAGCGCUACCGCGUCAUGCAGGCCGCCAGCCAGGUGGCCAACCUGGCGGCAGCCCAGGUCAAGGCCAAGACGGGCCCCUAGGGGGAGGGGCAGGGGGCCCCACGGCAAGACCCGGACGGCCCUCUGGAGGCGGGGACGGGGAGGGGGCCCCCGACGACGCAGCCUCGGAGACGAAUGUUUACACGGAACACGAGGCGCGGAAUGCUCUACGGGGAACGUCGCACUCGGCUAACGCCACGGGACGACUCGCGCCACGAAGAUAGCGUUUGCCAAAUGGCCAAUUGGGAGGGAUUUCUUUUUUUGUCCCGGAGUCUGGAGAUGAGAUUUGAGAAGGUGUUCAGGAGAUGCUGGUGAGAUUACUGUGUGAGACAGGGGCUCGGGUUCUUGGGGAGCUUUGGGACACACGAUGCAUUUGGAGGAUGACACUAUACCUUUUUGUUCGCCUCACUGCUCCUCUUGGAGCGGCUUCCUUACGUUAACUGAUUCACUCACUCAUUGAGAAGAGGCCUGCCUUGGUUAGUGUUUUUGCCUGUGAAUGUAUUAAUGGAGCACUGCCCUGGAAAACAAGACAAACCUGGAAUCCUUUGCCGUACCGGACCAAUCACAUUGUCUGCAUACGUGGAGAUAUGAGCCACUGCUUCCAAGAUGGCGGCCCUUUCGUCUUGUGUUUGACCUGGGGAAACAAUGCAUGCUACAGUCAACAUGCAAUGCACAUACCCUGGUCAUUCCUGCCAUACCAGGGAACAAUGGCGUGGUCCACCCUGUCUACGUGAUGGAUGGUUAUGCCUGCACAGCGGUUCAAAGAUUCUUCAACAUUCUAUGCUAUUUCUUCUGGGGUUUUAAGUUAAUAUUUACAAAUCAAAGUUGAGGUACCUGCUAUUUCUGGUAUGUGGGGGGUGUUGAAUGAUGCUGCAUGCGAGUUUAAGUAUUUCUUUAUGUCAAUCCUAUCAUGCAAUACACAACCAAUAUCAAUUUUGAAAGCACAAUCUUUUAGAAUAGUUGUAAAUAUGUGUUUUUAGUAAGGCUUAUUUUACGUUUUUGUUGAACUCUUGAGUUUCACUCUACCUGCUGAUUGUAGUCCUCUCUUUGUUGGGUAGUGUCGCCCCCUGGUGCUGGUUGUUAAUAUGAAGACCUGGACUCUCGGGAUACGCUGUACAUUUACUGUAAAUACAAUUGUGAGAGGGUUCUUCCCUCCUUCAAAAUUGUAGUAGUGCUCUUAAUAAAAAACAGCUGUCUUUUUCACUGA